AUGAGGUCCCCGAGAGUACAAUCAUUAAUCGUGCCUACCCUGUUAGGAAUGUCGGUUGCAGUGUUGCUGGCGCUGUUAUGGGUUCCGCAACUUUUCCUAAUUAGAAGUACAAACGGGAAGGAAUCUGCAGUCCGCACAAAUAUCAGAAAUGGCGGAAUCCAGCCUUUGUUGCUGACGACAUCAGCUACCUCAAAGGACCAGAGCAAUAGUAAAGCAGCAACGUUGAAUCCUUCGCCGUAUGGAUGCACAGAAGUUCAUCAGCAAGAUCUUUCCGCUAUUCCUUUGAGCAAUGCUCUAAGGGAGGAACAGCACUUUGAGCCCAAGCUCUGCAAUCUUCAGCACUUGAACGGUCCUCUACCUGUGGUCUUGAUGAGCUCGGGACGUUCCGGAUCAAGCUCCACCUGGCAGAUUCUCAGUACGCUUACCGGUCAAGAAACAGCGUCUUUGGAGUAUUCCGGCAGCAAUGAAAAGGCCAACCGAGAAUUCUUUGCCACUCACCAAGACGCUGCCUGGCUGGAGGGGCUCUUUUGCGAGCAAAAGAAGAGUAGUCCACAGGCCGGCAUGGUAGCUAAGUGGAAGCCCGGCUCCAUAGAUGUCCUCUUCGGGAUGCAAGGAGCAUUGGAAACGCUUCUCUGGAUGCGGCACAAUUCCGAGUCGGUGAAACUCGUUCGGUCCGUCCGCAAUGCGCUCGACGUCCAUAUUUCAGGAGUCAAGCACAAAAGUGAUGGGACAAAGCCGAAGGUUCAAUCUCAUUGCCGGUCAUUUAUUGCCACAGUACAGAAAGAAGCAUGCCUAAAACAUCAUCUGGUGGCGGGCACCAACAUAACCUUGGAAACACAGGGAUUGGUCAAUGGACUCAGAAAAUUCAUUCAAAUGGAAGAAGGUGUCAACCGGCUGUUGGCGGCAUUGAAAAUACCAUUUGUUUCCGUGACGUAUGAGGGACUCUACUACCCACAGGAUGGUUCCGCUUCGUCUUGGAUGCGGAUCUUUGACUUUCUGGGCAUUGGACCUCGGACAAACUUAACGAUGCAGGAUGUCAAAGGGGCAAUGACGCAUAUGCCAACCCACAACGAUUUUCAUAACGUAACACUUGCCAAUUACGAAGAGGUGAGAAGUGUUCUCGAAAAUGCCAAUCUUGGGCAUUUACUGCAUUGA